AUGUUUGACUACAUUCCGAAAGCGAUUCUCCCGCUGGGAUUCUUCAUGUUCUUCUGUGCUCUCAUCGGGGUCAUCGGCAACUUUGUGAUGCUUCUCUGCUCAUUUCGGACAAAGUUGGACUCUUUUUUAGGCUGCUUUCAGACAAGUCAAGUUAAUUUCAGAAGGUUCCGUUCCCCAUGUCAUAUUCUAAUCACUGCCACGUGUCUAGCCGACGCGAUUCAUAUUAGUGGACAGUUUCCGUUUUGUGUUCAUCUAUUCGGCAAUUGUAAGUUAAAACCAAAGAACUAGUAUCGUUCCAAGUAUUCCAAUUGUCAGUAACUUCAUCCCAAGCCCAAUGCUAUUGGAUGCUCACCGCCCCGAUCGUCGGUCUCACUUCUGGAGGUCCAUUGAUCUUGGCCAUGGGCAUAGACCGCCUGAUUGCCGUCAGAUAUCCCACCAGAUAUCGAUACUUCCAAGAAGAACCCAAAUUUUAUAUUUGUGCUCAGUUGCUCUUUCCCAUUGGAUACGCGGUUUUCUUCCUUGUUUACGGAUUCCUAGUAAGGAAUACAGAUGUCAAAAAGUCCGAAAAUCAUCAUCACGAAUUUCUCCCUAAUCCAUUUCAUUUUCCAGUCAAAUAACAUGUGCGAAUCCGUUGGCUCUAAACGGAACGGCUUUCCAAAUGUUCACUUACUCCAGUGGUCUCAUUUGCAUCUUUGUCUUUUUCGUUUAUCUGACUGUGUACAUUCUGUUGAAGAGCAACAAAGCAAGUGAGUGCCCUCCCAACUGCUCUUUCUCUUCUAAUGAAGCGUCUUCCCAGGUGCUCGCUUCAAAAGUGUCUUCCGUUCUCUGGCGGUCACCGUCGGUCUGGUCAUGUUCGGAUGGGUGUCCACCACCACCGCCAACACCCUGUCCUACUCGAUCACUGACAGCACGUACACGGCUCAGCUGAUUCAGAUGUACGCUGGAAUCACCGUCAACACGGCCGCCGCUUCCAAUGUCUUUGUUUUCUAUGCAAUCAAGUGAGAUUCGUAAUUGCUCUGACAAACCUUGUACUAAGUGGCUUCAGUUCCGACUACCGGGAGGUGAUCAAAGCAUUGUUCGGGUGCAAGAGCAAGACAAACUCUCCGCUAUUCGAAGCCUCCAGCACUAUGGUCACAGAGAAACGACGAAUGACUCUGGUGUAAGAACAAGUGCUAUUUCACUUUCAGGACUACUCGAGCCCAUGAAAGUUUAUGAACUUCAAUGCAAACUUUUAAAAUGCUGAAAGACGACAAGUGUCUUCACAUUUGAAGCAUCUAAAUACAGAAAAGAUGUGUCCUCAAAUGUUUCUUUUUCAGAAGCACGAAAUCUUCCGUUAUUCCAGUCGACAACUGACCUCAUUACGCUGUAUAUAAAACAAUAAACUUUUGCACAAUAAGAACGCGAACAUUCUGAGAACUGCUGAUUCAGAUGAAAACACACGGUUCCCACGGCAGUCACAUGUACAUAAAUUCGAUGCCUGAGACAUCGACUCUCCUCCCAACUUGCUGCUCCUGCUGCUGCUUUUUCUCUAGUCUAAUCUGGGAAAUUGGCCGCAUUGCUAACAUUAGAUUUUGAUCAGAUCUUUCACUGAAACGAAUCUAAUUGCUGUUUUCGAAACGGAGUAGGAGUACAUCACCAGAAUCACUUGAUCCAUCCUUGCAAGAUGUUUGAACACAUUCACCCGCUGAUUCUUCCUCUCGGCUUCUUCUUCUGCGUCAAUUCAACCAUCGGAGUCAUUGGCAACAUCAUCAUGCUUCUGUGUUUCUUCCGAACAAAGUCAGUGAUGUACCUAAGGUACCCGAAUAGUUGCAGUUUCAGACGUCUCCGUUCUCCGUGUCACAUUCUCAUCAGUCUCACUUGCAUUUCUGACCUCUUCCAUUUGACCGCGCAAUUUGUAUACUGUGUUCAUCUCUUCGGCAAUUGUAAGUCACUUUCACUUUGAACAACUCCUCCAGUUCCUUUUUCAGUGACUUGUUCUCAAUCCCAGUGUUUCUACAUGCUCAUUAUGCCUCUUUCCGGCGUCGGUGCUUCUGGCCCUUUGAUUCUUGCGAUGGGGGUGGACAGACUGAUUGCUGUCAAGUUUCCAACGAAGUAACCGAUCACAUCACUAUAAGACCCAUACAUAUUCGAGUUUCUUUCAGAUAUCGUUUGCUGCAACAGGAGCCCAAGUUCUAUGUGCUCGCGCAUUUGAUCAGUCCAAUAGUUUACACUCUAGUUCUUCUGUAUUUUGGCUACAGUACUCGGAUUGUGGAUGAGAAAAUGUGGGAGCUCUUGACUACCAAAGCCUUUUGCAUUUUUAAUUUGCAGACAAGUCGCCUGCGCGGUUCCAGUUGCUCUGAACGGAACGGCUUUCCAGUUCUUCACCUAUUCCAAUGCUCUCAUCUACUUUAUCGUCGUCAUUGUCUACGGAACAGUCUACAUUCUUCUCAAAUCCAACAAAGCCAGUAUGUAUAGUUUCACUAUUUUCUCAAUCUUCAAGUAUACAUUUCCAGGCGCUCGCUUCAAAAGCGUCUUCAAAUCGAUCGCGGUGACGGUGGGCUUCGUGCUCUUCGGCUGGGUAACUACCACUCUCACCAACACACUUUCCUAUGAAGUCACUUCGGACACAUUCACCGCCCAGAUCAUGCAAAUGUACGCAGGAAUCACUGUCAACUUUGCAGCGGCCGCCAAUGUUUUCAUUUUCUAUGCCAUCAAGUGGGUCGAAGUCGGAAUAGCUGGAAAGUUUAGUUGGCAUUUCAGUUCCGAGUACCGGGAGGUCAUCAAAUCAUUGUUCGGAUGUGAUAGCAAGAUGAACACGGCAAUGUUCGAAGCGUCGAGCAAUAUGGUCUCAGUCUCCGCGACUUCUCAGAUCCAGAAACGAAAUCUCACUAUGACUUGA